CCUGCCUCUGUGACUGUGUGUUCCAAAACAAGCCAAGGUAUCCCCAAACCCGUCCACCAUGACUCCAUGAGUCCAUAGUAGGAGUCUCUCUCUCCAUCGCUGGAGAGUUCUUCCUUUAGCGUCUUACCUUCAUCCGUAUAGCCGUCGCCCUCUUCCCGUCUCGCGGCCAUGGGUUAUGAAAACGAUCCGGUUCUUUCCUUCAUUUUAGGUACAUGGACGAAGACGGCGAGCCUCUGAUGGACCCCGACAUGCCUUCCGAUCGGGAACCCUCGCCGGAGCCCGGGUACCCGGUCGACGACUACGAGGAGGAAGACUGGCGGCGGGAGCGGUCCCCGACGCCGGUGCUGGACUCGGCGGUGGACGAGGACAAGGUCGGCAAGCCCAGGAAGAGGCUGGUGAAGAAAGGCGCCAAGGAGAGCUCCCAGGAUCACAGCGGGAGCCCGCUGGCGGCGCUCGCCGAGGAAGGUUUGGAUGACUGGGAGGAGGAGGAGGAGGAGGCGUCUUCCUCUAAGAAGAGGAAGGCCUUGUAUCUGCUGAAAGUCGGAAAGGAGGGGAGUGGGAAGAAGGAGAAGAGGAAGUCGUCGUCGUCAAAGAUGGAACGGUCGGCAGGUAAGGUGUCCCAGGCUGGAUCGAAGGGCUAUGAAGGGUCUAGGGAUCAGGGCGGUGAUCCAGAGAUUAAAGAACUAUGGGACACCAUUGCCGGGGGAGAUUCAGAGGAUGACCAAGAGGGCAUGAGAACCGUGGAUGAUGAUAACUUCAUUGAUGAUAGUGGUGUUGAUCCAGCUGAUCGCUUUGGAAGUGACAAUGAAGCUAGUUCUCCAAGGAAUGCUCCUCAGGCAGUGGAGGGUGAGGAAGAUGAUGAAAUUAAUCGACUCUUGAAAGGGGGUAAGAAAAAAAAGAAGAAUGAGAAAUCACCUGCUGAACUGGCUUUGAUAGUUGAACAUCUCAUGGCUGAGCUUGAAGUCACAGCUGAGGAAGAUGCUGAACUAAAUAGGCAAAAUAAACCAGCCAUUAAUAAACUCAAGAAGCUCCCUUUGCUUAUAGAGGUUCUUUCAAAGAAAAAGCUUCAGCAAGAAUUUUUAGAUCAUGGAGUACUAACUCUUCUGAAGAAUUGGCUCGAACCUCUGCCCGAUGGAAGUUUGCCUAAUAUGAAUAUUCGAACUGCCAUACUAAAGUUAUUGACUGAUUUUCCCAUUGAUUUAGAGCAAUAUGACAGGAGAGAACAGCUCAAAAAGAGUGGCCUUGGGAAGGUCAUUAUGUUUUUAUCUAAAUCCGAUGAGGAGACUACAUCCAACAGAAAACUGGCGAAAGAAUUGGUUGAUAAAUGGAGUCGGCCGAUAUUUAACAAGAGCACUAGAUUUGAGGAUAUGAGGAGUUUCGAUGACGGGAGAGUUCCCUAUAGAAGGCAAACUAUGAAGAAACCUGCAGCUAGAGCUGCUGGAGUGGAAUCUAGAGACGAUGAUCUUGAUUUGGCUGAGUUCUCACAUGAUCGCAAGUCUGGACAAGCAGCUUCCAGGCAACAUGCUUCGAGGCCAGAAGCAUUGCCCUUGGAUUUUGUUGUGCGUCCUCAAUCGAAGGUAGACCCAGAACUGAUCAGGGAACGAGCUAAGCAAGUCAUGCACGAUCAGCGUCGGCUGAAGAUGAACAAGAAAUUGCAGCAGUUGAAAGCACCCAAAAAGAAGCAGCUGCAGGCAUCAAAACUUAGCGUUGAGGGUCGUGGAAUGGUGAAGUACUUGUAAUCAGCUACAGGUGAUUAAGCAUGAGCAAUAAACUGUCAACCAUAUCAGGAUCAACUACCAUACAAUAACCAUGGCAUAUUCUCUCGGUGGCUUGUUACUUUCAUGAAAUGAAUGUUAAUAUUUUUAUAUAUUGUGGCAUAUCUACAAUCACUAAUGCCCAGAUCUGUUUCCGCCAUUUGUUGGGGACAGUAACAGAGGAUGGGAUAAAAAUUAUCUUGGCCUCCUCUGGUCGAGAAAGGAGGGAGGGAAGUUCUUAAUGUCCGAGGAAUUGGAGACAAUUACUACAGUCUCAUUGUAUAAAGUGGCUGGUACACCAAUAUUUUGUCUAUAAUGCUGCAGUACUUGAUGUGA